CUUUAGCACAUGACCUGCACCAACGCUAUAUGACCCAAAAUUAUAGCCUGUAACAUAGCAAUUGUAUUUGUUUCAGCGUAUUUCAAGCAAUAGUUUGCUAGGACUUAUUGUUUAUCGCUUUUUACGUUGUGGUAAGUUAAUUUGUUAAAUGAAGCUACAGUUUUUCUUGGUUACCCUGUGCUUUGGCAUUGGUGUAAUGGCUGGGAAAUAUUCUCGUGAACUGAACGAGCAGAAGCCGAUUGGUAGUGAUGGACAGUCGGUGGAGUUCAGGAUAGCUAAACUAAACCAGGUGUGGGAGAAAGCUAAACGGAUGCAGUUGUCACCAGUUCGGCAAACAGAGUUGCACAGUGACCUGAAAAUCCAGGAAAAAGAUGAGCUGCAGUGGAAGAAGCUGAAGGUUGAGGGGCUGGAUGAAAAUGGAGAGAAAGAAGCACAGCUCAGACGCAGUUUCAAUGUGAUCUUAACAAAGUAUGGAAUGGAUGGGAAAAGAGACACUAGACCACUGGAAAGUAACCAUCUGAAGGACCAUGACACAAAGGACGAAGACACAUUUGAUGAUCCUAGGCUGGACAAACUAUGGAACAAGGCCAAGAGCUCAGGGAAGUUUUCAAAUGAAGAGUUGGUGAGCCUGAAGAGGGAAUUCCAACAUCACAAGGACAAGAUACAGGAGUACAACAUCCUGAUGGACACUGUCAACAGGGCAGAGGAAGUGCACAAGAAUGUGAUUUCUCCCAUGGAGGGUGAUGCCAAAGAGCAUGUGCUGCACCAGAAGCACAAAGACCUGAAGCACAAAAUGAGAGACCUCAACCAAGGCUUUGAGCGCCUCCGUAGGCUCAGCCAUGAGGGGUUCACUGAAGACAGUGAGUUUCAGGAGCCCCGUGUGAUUGAACUAUGGGAGGCUGCCAGAAGAGCCAACCUCAGUGAAGAUGAACUGGACUCUCUCAAGGAGGAACUGCAUCACUUUGAGACCAAGGUGGAGAAGCACAGCCAUUACAAGGAGCAGCUGGAGCUAUCCCAUCAGAAGUUGCGUCAUGUGGAGACUUUAGGAGAUAAGGAGCACAUCAAGAGAACCCAGGAAAAGUAUAACACUCUUGCUGAGAAGACCAGGGAGAUUGGCUACAAAAUGAAGAAGCACUUGCAGGACCUGUCCAACAAGAUAUCUCGUGCUGGACUCGAGCAUAAUGAGCUCUGAGAUCUCAUGGUCAGUUUGAAUGGAAACUGAUGGCUGAAUUGAAAUGAAAAAGAAAAAAAAACACCUACAUAAACAUCACAGCCUUCUUAACUACAGAAAAAAAUGUGUUUUUUAAUUUAUGUAAAAUCAUUUGUUUUUGGUUUAAAAAUAAAUUGCCAUGAAAAUAAA